AACAUUGAAUUCAAUGCUCAGACAAAAUGUGAACACCAAACCGUUUAUUCCACAAAGAAAACCAGCCUACUGUUCGUCUCCCUCCCUCUCUAGAUUCCAUUUACAUCUACGGAAAAGCUACCUGUGAAUUAGGGUUUGAGCUUCGACACUCGUUCUUGAAAGAGGGCUACAGCAAGGGGUCCGGGCUGAACUCGGGCUUUUCGAGCACCCUUUUCGGCCCUCAGUAAUGGGUCCUUCUCCUCCUGCGGCGAAAUGGCGCCAUCUCCGUUCCCCGUUGAACCUCUUGAUUUUCGCUCUUGCUCUGUUUUCAGCUCGGUACGACGCCGUUUCCGCCUCCGAUUCGGACAAAUCGGCCCUCUUGGAGCUGAAGGCGUCGCUUUCGGACCCUCACGGACUGCUGAGCAGCUGGAAUCCGCAGAGCCCGGAUCACUGCUCGUGGGCCGGGCUCUCCUGCGAUUCGGGCUCUCGGGUCGUGGCGUUGAACGUUACCGGCGGAGGUAAUUCUCUCUCUUGUGCUAAAAUUGCUCGAUUCCCACUGUAUGGUUUUGGAAUUAGGAGGCCUUGUUUGGGUAAAGUUCAAAUCUUGGGUAAAUUGUCUGCUGCUGUUGCUAAGCUUAGUGAACUCAGGAUUUUGUCACUGCCUUUUAAUGAAUUGAGUGGUGAGAUUCCUGUGGAGAUUUGGGGUUUGGAGAAGCUCGAGGUUCUUGACCUCGAAGGGAACUUGAUCUCGGGCUCGUUGCCUAGCCAGUUCAGUGGGUUGAGGAGCUUGAGGGUUCUUAACUUGGGGUUCAAUCAGAUCAAUGGUGGUAUACCGAGCUCGUUGUCCAAUUGUUUGGGGCUCCAGAUUGUAAAUCUAGCUGGGAAUCAAGUUAAUGGGUCGAUUCCGAAGUUUAUUGGUGAGUUUAGGGAUUUGAGGGGGCUUUACUUGUCAUACAAUCUGCUCACUGGAUCGAUACCAGUUGAGAUAGGAGACAAUUGUGGGAAGCUUGAGCAUUUGGAUCUUUCGGGGAAUUAUUUGACUGAUGGUAUUCCAAAGACGAUUGGGAACUGUCCGGGGUUGAAGACGCUGCUUCUGUACUCUAACCUGUUGGAGGAUGAGAUUCCAAGUCAGCUUGGUCAGUUGAGUGAGCUUGAAGUGCUUGACAUCUCGAGGAACAGUUUUAGUGGUGCUAUACCGAAGGAACUUGGUAACUGUACGAAGCUGUCUAUCCUUGUGUUGUCGAACCUAUGGGAUCCUCUUCCAAAUGUUUCGAGCUUAGGGGGUGGUUAUUCAUCGGAUAAGUUGGUGUAUACUACCGAUGACUACAAUUUUUACGAAGGUUCAAUCCCGGUAGAGGUUACUAGCCUCUCGAAUUUGCGGAUGCUUUGGGCUCCUCGAGCAAUUCUGCGAGGAGAUUUCCCUGCUAAUUGGGGCUCCUGCAGCAAUUUGGAGCUGUUGAGUUUGCCUAAUAACUUUUUCUCUGGAGAAAUCUCAGACGGGCUUAGCAACUGCAAGAAGCUUCAUUUUCUUGACCUGAGUUUGAACAAAUUUAGUGGAGGGAUCAACGACAAACUUCCCGUUCCUUGUAUGACUCUCUUUGAUAUCAGUGGGAAUUCACUGUCGGGUCCUAUCCCCGAAUUUGAGUACGAAGAAUGUCCUCCUAUUCAAUCCGUAAAUGUGGAUGCUUUCGAUGCAUAUGAUCCUUCAUUGGCAUAUGUAACAUAUUUUGGAUACAGAAAUCAGAUCGAAACUGCUUUGCCUGUGAAUAGGAUUGGUGCGAGUCUCUUGGUUAUGCACAACUUUGGUUCUAACAACCUUAAUGGCCCCCUGCAGGCAAUGCCCGUUUCAUCUUCGAGAUUAGGGAAGCAAACAGCUUAUGCAUUUCUUGCUGGCGGAAACAAUCUUACUGGAAGCUUUCUUGGAGCUUUCUCCGAGAAGUGUGAUCUUGCUGGAGGUGUAAUCGUUAAUGUCACAAAUAACAGGUUGUUUGGUCAAGUUCCAACAGAUAUCGCCGCGCUGUGCAAAACACUAACAGUCUUGGAUGUUUCCAGUAAUCAGAUUACUGGAAGUCUGCCUCCCAACAUUGGAGACAUGGUUUCAUUGCGCGCUCUUGAUGUAAGUCGGAAUCUGUUGCAAGGUUCGGUUCCUGGCACUCUUGGCCGGAUAAAAGAUCUCAGAUUUCUUUCGUUGUCUGGAAAUAAGCUUGAUGGUUCCAUACCUCCAAGCUUGGGGCAGCUGCAGUAUCUUGAAGUUCUUGAUCUAUCAUCGAAUGUGUUAUCCGGUGGAAUUCCCAAUGUGCUUGUGAAGCUGAGAAACUUGACAGUCCUUCUCCUCAAUAAUAAUAGGCUAUCCGGGCCGAUCCCCCUCGGUAUUGCAAGCGUAUCUACCCUAUCAGCGUUCAAUGUGUCAUUCAACGAUUUGUCCGGGCCACUGCCUCUGCUCAAUAAUGUGAUCAAAUGUGAUAGCUUUGUCGGGAAUCCUUCUCUACGUUGUUCUCCCUCACCAUCUGCUCAACGAGGGGGCACAGGAGAUGACGGCACGAUUUCUCCUGCAUCUCCAGGCCGGAAACGAGGGAAGGGUUCCCUCCGUUCUGUCGAAAUUGCCUCCAUAACAUCGGCGACAGCCAUUGUAUCGGUGCUGAUUGCUCUGGUUGUACUUUUCUUUUACACGAGAAAAUGCAAGCCGAGGUCCAGAGUGAGUGGAACUGUUCGGAAGGAAGUAAUCGUCUUCAACAAAAUAGCAGUGCCUCUGACGUACGAGAACGUGGUCCAUGGCACGGGGGGAUUCAACGCGAACAACUGCAUCGGCAAUGGUGGAUUCGGGGCAACAUUCAAAGCGGAGAUCGCUCCCGGUGUCCUAGUGGCCAUCAAACGGCUCGCCAUUGGGCGUUUUCAAGGCAUCCAGCAGUUUGACGCGGAGAUCAAAACCCUAGCUCGGCUCCGCCACCGUAACCUUGUCACGUUGAUCGGGUAUCACGCGAGCGAGACCGAGAUGUUUCUUAUAUACAACUAUCUGCCCGGUGGCAACCUAGAGAAGUUCAUCCAGGAGAGGUCCAGUAGAGCCGUUGAUUGGAGGGUGCUGCACAAGAUCGCCCUCGACGUCGCGCACGCGCUCGCCUACCUGCACGACCAGUGCGUGCCCCGCGUCCUCCACCGCGACGUGAAGCCUAGCAACAUCUUGCUGGAUCAGGACCACAACGCGUACCUCUCCGACUUCGGGCUUGCUCGGCUGCUCGGGACUUCGGAGACGCACGCCACGACCGGCGUGGCCGGGACGUUUGGCUACGUUGCGCCCGAGUAUGCCAUGACUUGCCGCGUCUCUGACAAGGCCGACGUCUACAGCUACGGGGUUGUGCUGCUCGAGCUGAUUUCCGACAAGAAGGCGCUCGAUCCAUCGUUCUCUUCCUACGGGAACGGGUUCAACAUCGUUGCUUGGGCGUGCAUGCUCUUGCGGCAAGGCCGGGCCAAGGAGCUGUUCACGGCCGGUUUGUGGGACGUGGGCCCACACGACGAUCUGGUCGAAAUCCUCCACUUGGCCGUGGUGUGUACGGUUGAGACGCUGUCAAACCGGCCGACGAUGAAGCAGGUGGUGCGGCGGUUGAAACAGCUUCAACCACCAUCUUGUUAGAGGUGAAAGGUGAACACACACCAUAUUUGUAGAGGCUGCACAUUACAGGAUAUAAGUGUGAUCUUUUUAUUUAUUUUUCUUUUGCUUUUUUUGAGGUGUUGUUAGUGUUGAAAUUGUAGAUAAACUGUAAAUUGUAGAGUAGUUUUGCCCUAAUUUUAAAAAAUGUUAUUUUCGGUA